AUGGAUACUUGGGUCGACCCUUUCCAGCCUGAMCCGCUGCAGUACGCCGAUGACUGCCCAUCCCUGCCCUCGACCCGACCGCAUGGCUUUCCACACAUCAUCGACAUCAACAGCUACAUGCACAUAGAAACCGAUCCUGAAAAGCUCACAUGUGCGGACGGCGUGGCGACGUUCCUAUGGAACUGGGACAAGGAACAGUUUCGCCGAUUCUUCGACCUCACUGAGCAGACCGUCCACAUCUAUCUGGGUGCUCCGGACGGUGUUGUCAACGACAUGGUCAUUCAUCGUGCUGGAAAGAAAGUCUCGGCUGGGUACCGCGUGAAAGAGAGGCCCGGUAUUCCGAAACGUGACUUUCUAGUCGCUUUCAUCGUUCAAGAGGAUGGCGCUUGGAAGCCGGCAGAGUGGAACUCGUUGGGCAGUGAAGGCUAUGAACGAGAUCAAAUUCUGGAUCUUGGACGGACGUUCACUGAGAUGCUGUUACUUUACAAGUUGUGGAUCACCCGCGAUCCCUCCACUUCGAAAAUCAGGGUGAUUCGGUAG